CCAAUAUCGAUAAAAGGGGCAAAUUGCUUUUAGCGACAUUAUACCUAGCUACGCGGCAUGCUCAUAAGCUCGAUAGAGUACCUCAUCACUAUUCCAUAAUCAAACAAGCAGAAGCAAUAUGAAAUUUUGUCAACUUCGUGUUAUGUUAUUUUCAGUUGGUUUGAUAAUCAUAACGAGUUGUUUGUCUUCUAUUGCUGCGCCAUGGAAUGAGAAAGAUGGAAUGAGGCUUGUUGCACCAAAACGAAUGGUCAAAUUGUUGAAAAAGAUCACCAAACAUAAAUUCGACCAAGGUAAAUUUUAGUGGAGAAAGUUAUUUCGUCGGCUUAGUUAAUUGAGCAUAUCCCAUAUAUUGAGCCAUAGGCAUAGGGUGAAAAUCUCCGUUGCUGUUGCGAGAGAAAAAAUUGAUAGUAUGUAUACAUUUUAUAUUAAGCCUUUAAGAUCUUCAAAAGAUCUUAGUCCUUUGUGGGUGCAUGAGACUAGUGUUACUUGCCAGCAUAUACAAAACGUUUUGAUUGUGGAGGAAAAGUCUUUGACUAGGGAUAGCUAUAAAACCAGUAGGUGUUUUUUCUGUGUUAUUCUAUCGAAAAGACGAGGUGUGUAAAAAAUGUAAACUAUGUGAAUCAAUAAAACUGAAUGUAUACCAAAUACAAACUAAGGCAAUAUAUAAGUCCGCUCUUAUGUGUUUCCUCAGAAGCUAUAGACAUAGCAGGAUCAAGAUACAUGAGAUAUAAACAACAACGCAAUCGUUUAACUAACUUUAACACUGAUAGAUAUUAGGUUUCGUUAUCUAUACACGUUUGGCAGAGUGUAUGUAUACAAUGGAUAUCCAGAGCAUAAUUAAAUAAAUUGAAGUAUAACGACUCAAUAAAUUCCACUAUAUAAGCAUCUUCAUUGCUAUUUAGUUUCGUACCACAAAAUGUGGCGCUCAUCAGAUCAGUAAAUUAGCUUCAUGAUUACCAAAUAUUUAUCCACUUGUACUGAAACUGAACCUGCACUGAGUCAGUAUUUCGACUAUUUCAGUAUACAAGUGGAUAAGUAUUUAAUCAAUGUAGAUAUACUAUUUAUUCGUUAAUCAGUUUAUGGGUUUCUGUGUUACUAUGGACAAAGUUCGACACCCACGAAAGUAUUGACGCAAUUGCUACAUGGAAUGAAGGACAAGGAUACAUCUUAGAGUAUCUUAGGCUAAUUGGCAUACUCACGUUUGGCUGGUACGGCAAAUAACAGCUUCACUCGGAAGGGACAAAUCGCAACAAUUCACUGAUCGGGUAAUUAUAGUGAACAGGAGGGGUCGCCUAAGAUUAGCGUAGGCAAAGUUAAUUACUCAGUUCAAUAAUUAUAUAUGUUCAGAUAAAAAGAGUGUUAUAAAAUACGAUCAAUAAAGCUAUAAAUAUAUUACGUCAUUGUUGCCGGGAAAUAUAGAAUUCAAAAAUAAUAUAGGGGAAAAUUUACUUCCAUCAAAAACCUUAAGGCUGAACUGAGUCUGAGACGCCAUGCAAAAGCAAUUUUACCACUGAUCAUUAAUUUUUUAUCAAUUACAUCUUAAAACACUGGGUAGAAUUGAGGAAUUCAAACAAACUAACAAAGACUGAAUAGAACACGCAUAUACAAUACACUAGCUCAUAACUUAGCUGUACAUGGUGUCCCAAAAAACCCGAAAACUAUUGAAAUCACUUAUUGUUAAAUUUGAAUGCCCUACCAAACAGCUGGACGUAAUGAUGCGUAAAAUAUUGACAAGGUGCAUGUAUUAGAAUUUAGUUAGGAAUAUCUCCUGGUAAAGUGCGCGAUUUUCUGCUCCUGGGAAUUAAAAACAGCUUCUUAAACUGUUUCUCUAUGCAUAAAAUUUACUUAUGCCAAUCAUUUAUGCACUCGUGGGAACCAACAGAGCGCUAAGGCAUUCAAAUUCAACAAUUAAAUUGUUAUUGGUGAUUUCAAUAGUUUUCGUUUUUUUUGGGACACCCUGUAUACACAGAAUCAAGAAGAAAUCUUGCAGAUCAAAAAUAAUGUAGGCUACUGGUCAAGAUAUGAACACCUCAAACUCUAUUUGAAUUUUGAAAGAAUCAAACAUUUGAAACGUUCAUCAGUUCAUUACAAAGCUUUGGACCUUGAAAUCUGUACUAUGUUAAUGUAUAUAUACACUUUAGAGAACGAACUUUUUUGUUGGAUGAGAUUCAGAGCCGUUUGUGUGAUUCAGUGAGGUUUGCAGAUUCAUUUGCACGUUUAAUGGGUAUAAAGAUGCCUUGGUAUGGUUUGUAUGUGUCGGUGUACCGGUUUGUUUGCCGGUUGGUCUUGUAAAGUGGGGCUGACCAGUCGUCUCUGUAUAGCCCAAUUUGAAUUUAGUGCCGUAUUUAUACUUCCUAUAAGAUGUUAAGAAGGUGAGAAGCCCACUAGAUCGAGAGGUCCACUUAGAGGCCCAUGCACGAGAGUGAUAUACUGACAUGUAACACUUUCAAUUAAUACAUUAUUGCAAACGAGGGGUGUAUUAAUCCCUAAAAAUCCCUAAAACUGAUCGCCAGCUUGAAAUCUCUAAAAAAAUCUCUACAAAUCCCGAAAAUGUCUCCAACAAUUCAAAGGAAUCCCCGAAAAAUCCAAAAUCUCUAUGACAGUUUUUUUUAGUGAUCCAUUUCUCAAUCGCGACAGAGGAACUUGAGUUGAUUCGUAGCCCAAACGCGUCUGACAUCCCAAUUACUUAGGCAGCGUUUACACUGUACCGUUUUCGUAGCGUUCUCGUAUUGUUCGAGAGAACUAGACUAUUGUCUUGCGUUCCCUUGAGGAUUAAGAACAAUACGAGAACGCUACGAAAACGGUACAGUGUAAACGUUGCCUUAGUCUUUUAAAAGAGUUGAUCGCAUUUAAAUUAACACUCCUGUACAUGCACCCACUAAUUGUUGCAAUUUGUUCCUUCCGAGUAUAAGCUGUAAUUCAGCCUCUUAAUUGCUAAUAGUCAUUAAACUAGCAUGAAUACACAAUUUUCAAGAUAUAUACUUGUUGCCAGCAAAUGAGCACUUUCGCGGGUGCACGUGUCCAUAGUAACAAACUGAAACCCAUAAAACAACAUAAAUUUUAAUACCGAAAAUACACUUUGCAUGCGGCCCCUAUAAUGAAACAUUCUCAAUGGCGUAACUCCUUGGACCCUGCCCGACAAAAGCCAGAAAGGCCCAGAUCAAUUAGAUGUCCCUGAGCAAAGAUGACAAAGUGGCGCAGUUGUAGUAUUUGAGCCAUUGCAUGAUAAUAUUUGAACAAUUGUUAGUAAAAAAUAUUAACUCUAUUCAGUUUAAGAUUUACCUAGAAACAGUUAUAGGACCUUGCUAAUCAGCAGCAGUUUUUACAUCAUUUUGUUGUUUACUGAAUUUAUAGUUCAGUGGUAUUUUGUAUCAUGAUAAUUUUUUUAAAAUGAAAUAUUUUAAUAUUCACCGAUUCUGGACAUAAUUUAUAAAUCUAAAUAUUUGUAAUACAGCUAUAUAGCUAAGUAAAUUUUAGAGGGCCAUGACAGCUAGGUGCAUAUAUUUAUUGAUUAUUAUGUGUCACCCUAUAAUCCCUAUAUAAUAAAGGCUUUAAACUUAUAUACUGACUUAGUUAUCUAAGUAAGCCAACACCACCCGUCCCUAUACUUUAAAUGGCCAAGAGCAGUUACACAAGGUUGCCUUCACUAAAUAUUCUAUAAAAUUGGUCAAUCUUGACAUGUAAUGAUGUAUUUAAUUCAUUCUGAUGUAUUAAAUGAAAUCGAUAGAACGCGGAAUCGUUAUCACUUGGGAGGUAGUAUAAACGUAUAAGGACCAAUAAACAAUGUCAAGUGUUCUAAUGUUUGACCGUACGCGCUAUAUAUGUAUAUACUGUUGCGUGAGUGCUCUAUAGAUGAGUGAGUGGAAGUAUUUGAAAAAAGUUAAAAACACUUAUAUAACAGCUGACAAGCAGCCCAAAAUGCAGCAUCAUGCAUGUCCUCAUUAAUAUAGUAUAAUAUAGGUAUAAAAAGCCAUCCCAAAUAAUUUACGAUCUUUUUAUGGUACUAUUUCACCAAAAUAUUUACUGAAGAAACAUAGGGGGAGAGGGGUUAUCCUCCAAUAGGCCGUUAUACAUUAAUUUAAAUAUCUAUAAAGAUUAAAUUCAAACUAAAUAUAUACAUGUUUGAUUUUAGUUUUAAAGCCAGAGAUACUUCUUGUAGAUUUUAAAUCAACGGGAACUCGGGAAGGUUAUUCCAAGUCUCAGCUGGCUCUGUGGGCAAAAGCUUUUUUCAUAUAUAAAUUUUUGUAUUAGGCUCAGGUAGUGGGAAAUUAAAUUCACUCUGUCUCGUAUUGUAUUUGCAGUCAUGUAUUUCAUUCGUGUUGGUUUAAAUUUUAAAUACUUUUAUUAAAUAAUUUGGUAGCAUCUUAUAUCAUUAUAUGUAUGUUUAACUUCGUACAUUAGGACAGCUAAUUGAUGCCUCCUUCACUAUACUAAGUUCUAUAGUUAGGAAGACUUCAAUGAUUAAUUUGGACCUUGUUCAAAAUGUCUGCUGAACGUGUUUCAUAAUUAUCACGUGUUAUUAUUUCCCCCAGACAGCCCCAAAUGUCCAGACAGUCCCAAUAUAAUUAAAGAUAUCUUAAGGAAAGAUUACUGUACGUCAGUCCUUGUUUGUGCUUUUGAAAAAUUUAAAAUUGUCAUGCACAGAUCGACCUAGACUGAAAGUGCUUUGUUUUCCACAUCAAGAUACACUCAAAACUAAACAAUAAAUAAAUUUAUAACCAUGCAAAUAAUCUUGAAUGAAUAGUUGAAUGAAUAGUUUAUUUGGUUGGUCACAAAAAUACAAAAAGAAAUAAUAUGUACAAUACUCAAUAGGCUAUAGUAUUUGUAAAUACAACUGAAUAAAUUUGUGACAAGGAAGCUGAAAAACUGUAGCCUAGUGGCCUAUAGGGCUUAUAACAUUUAGGCUCCCUUAGAAUUGUCAGGGCAUGUUCAUGAGUUCACAACCUUACAAUCAAUACAUAAGAAUAUUUACAAAAAUAAAUGUAAUAAAUUAUUCUGUUCAGACCUCUAUAUUUUUGUAUAUUGAUUUCAAUAAUUUAUAGUUUAAGUGCAGAUUAGCUAAAUGUUUUAUAUUGAAGAUGAUUCCAAUAAACAGGACCCUGAUAAGCUAUUGCAUGCGAUUUUAAAGUUGUACGAUAUUGGCGAGGCCGUAAGUUUUGAGCAGUUCAUAUUUCAUAUUGAUGAAUUGUAGUACCAGAAACAAAAAGAUUAUCCGGCAAAGCUUCGAGGAAGAUGAUUAUAAUAAGAGUACAUAAUAUUUUGAAACAGGUUAAUAUCAAUUAUACCACCGUAACUCGUAACAAGUUCUAAUUUCUUAUAUAUUACAACUCUCUUUUGCAUAGAGAUCAACGGUUGAUCAUUAUGAUCAACCUAUUCAAAACAUUUAAAAAAGAGUUACUUUAAGGUGGCUCGAUACCGUUUUUUUAAAUGUAAAAUUUGUAUGCGAUUUACAUCCGUAUUUUUGGACAGUGAUUAUUCAUAAUAAGUUUUUCGCUCAACAGAAUUUUUUUAAAUUGUCAAGGUAAUUGAGUAUACUCAGAUAAAUAAUUUUAUGAAAUUAAAUUUGGGGUCAUCGAUGUUGUUUUCGAGUUAAAUUACUUAAAAUGUCCGCCAUCUUAAAACGUCAUUGUCGCAAUAGCAACGGCAGUUUUGUAGCUUUUGUGAAAAAGUCCAAACCCUUUAGAUGUUUCAUCAAUAGGAUACUUUUCGUUUUUCAACAAGUACUAAUUGUUCAAAAAUACGGAUCUAAAUCGUGAAUUGUCCAUUUUUAAAAACCUGUAUUGGGCGACCUUAAAUAACAGAUAAAUAAGGAUACCUUUUAUGGUUCCCAUUAUAUAAGACCGUCUAGCUGCCAUGCAUGCAUGCAGGCUCACUCGGGGUCCAGGACACUGAGAUUCCAUUUUUUCUCAGGCCACCGGUAUGCAGUUGUAAUUCUUGAAUUUAAUUACGGCAUAUGAUCUUCACUGUCUUCACUGUAGAUUCCAUGGACCAUGAUGAUAUGGACAUGCAGACCACGAUCAAACUGAUGCAUCUCAAUGGCUUACGCGAUCGUGACGAGCCUCAGUCGCCUGUGAAUAUGACAAAGGAAGAUGACUCUGGUUUGCUGAGACGGUCGAAAAGAUCUGUGAAAAAAAGUAAUCUGCCACCCACAUGUCACAGUGGUAAGAUCUAUGCGAAUCUCACGAAGUACAAAAAUAUUAUCAUUGCUCCAUCUGGAUUCUACACUCAUUACUGUGGCAAUACGUUUCUCCUGCCUGUUGGAAAUGACCCCAUCGUUCAGAUUUUAUCACAAGCCAUCAUAGAUGGGUACAACUCGGUGAAAAAAUUCUCAACCAAGGUGUUAGCAAAUCCAAAUUGUUGCGCACCCAAGAAAAUUCAUAAUUUGUUUGUUCUUUACAUGGAUCAAGGACUAUUUAGCACAAUUAGGUCUAUACCGAAUAUCAGAGCUUCUCAUUGUGCUUGUAAGAAUGACUGAUAAUACUGUAUAGGUUGCUUCAAUGAUAUAGCCUACCUUGAAUAAGACUAUAUAUAGCCAUCAUAUAUUCCCAUGCAUGCAGAGGGAGAAAUGUGAUAUUUUGUAAAUUUUCGCUCGCCUGCACAAGCUGUAAAUACUCCCAGAAAAGGACUUAACAAUAACGCAUAAGUAUAACAUCCACUGUAUAAAUGAACCUUUGGUGGGGUAAAUUAUAUUAAUGCCAAUAAAUAUAUUUGUUUACGGGUUAUGAAUCCUCGCCAAAACUGACGGCUUUGGUUUUUUCAAGAGUAUUUACAACUUGAUCUAAGGCUAAUGCACUUGAUGCCCUUCGUGAAGAUCUUGUGGGGUCUAGUUUAAUACGAAGGUCAAGUGAAAAACGAAACUAUAUUGAAGUUAAAUUUCUUACGAUACAUAUCACUAUGCUGCACACUGAACAAGCACAACCGAAAAGUUAUGCCAAAGCAUGCUGCCAUGCAUAAUAAAAUGGAUCGAGACGUCGAAUUUUGCUAUACUUAAUGGAAUAAUGUAAUAUGUAACAAUAGUUUAAAAAAAAAUAUAUACCUCGAAAACGAAUAGUUAUAUAUAUAUUUCUAAUAGUUCCAAAUAUAUAG